GUUCCCAGCCAGCUCCUCUCCAUGCAUCUGUCUUGAGAGCUGGUACGCCACGCAUACCUCAACGCCCGAUUUUGUUGGCUAGCAGCAGAUUUUUGUCAACCGAAGCUACAUCUGAGGAAGUGGACGAUGAUUAUCACACCAUUAUUAAGGACACAGAAAGAGGAAAAGGUCCAUCUGAUACCCACGAGUUUCAAGCUGAGACAAGGCAACUACUGGACAUUGUAGCAAAGUCUCUGUAUUCUGAAAAAGAGGUAUUCAUCAGAGAGUUGAUAUCCAACUCAAGUGAUGCUUUGGAGAAACUGAGGUACUUUGAGUUAACUGGUGCCCAAGUGGAUGAUAAGGAGGUGCCCCUUGAGAUUCAUAUUGCCACCAAUGAUGACAAAAAGACAUUUACUAUUCAGGAUACUGGAAUUGGACUCACCAAAGAGGAGUUGCUGGAGAACCUGGGAACAAUAGCAAGAUCUGGAUCAAAGGCAUUUUUGGAAGAGCUGGCAGACAAGUCGAAAGGAGACGUCAGGAGUUCUCUGAUUGGUCAGUUUGGCGUUGGUUUCUACUCCACUUUCAUGGUGGGCGACAAGGUUGAUGUGUACACAAAGUCCUACCAGCCGGGAUCUACUGCUUACAAGUGGUCAUCAGAUGGAUCUGGGAAGUAUGACAUUUCUGAGGCCGAGGGUGUACAAAGAGGGACCAAGAUUGUGGUUCAUCUGAAAGGAGACUGCUAUGAUUAUGCCAAAGAGGAUAUCAUAACAGAGGUUGUCAAGAAGUACAGCAAUUUUGUUGGAGUUCCAAUCUAUCUCAAUGGGAAAAGAGCAAACAUUGUUCAGGCUUUGUGGACAAUGGAGCCAAGGGAUGUCACUGAGGACAUGCACGAGGAGUUUUACCGCUACAUCGGCAAUGUGUACGACAAGCCAAGAUAUCACCUUCACUACAAGACUGAUGCGCCACUCAAUAUCAGAUCUUUGUUUUAUGUGCCAGAAUAUAAGCCAACAAUGUUUGACAUGAGUCGGGAGACGGACGUGGGUGUGGCCCUGUACAGUCGCAAAGUGCUCAUCAUGGCCAGGGCUAAUCAUGUGCUCCCAAAGUGGUUGAGAUUUAUGAAAGGUGUGGUGGACAGUGAGGACAUUCCCCUCAACUUGAGCCGAGAGCUGCUGCAGGACAGCAAUCUGAUCAGAAAGCUUCGUCAAGUCUUGACCAACAGAAUAUUGAAGUUCUUUGUGGACCAAGCCAAGAAAAACCCCUUGGCAUACAGGGAAUUCUAUGAUGACUAUGGGCUGUUCUUCAGAGAGGGAAUUGUUACCACUGCUGAGCAAGAUCAAAGAGAGGAUAUCGCAAAAUUGUUGCGGUUCGAAUCUUCCAAACUGAACUCAGGCGAACUGACAAGCCUGGAGGAGUAUGGCGAGAGAAUGAAGGCAGGGGAGAGAACUAUCUACUUUCUGUCUGCGCCAAGCCGGCAGCUUGCCGAGACAUCCCCAUACUUUGAAGCUCUAAAGAAACGUGAUAUUGAAGUCCUGUUUCUGUACGAGCCCUACGAUGAGCUGGUGCUCAUGAACCUGGGCCAGUUUGACCGCAAGAAUCUUAAGUCUAUAGAGAACGAGCUGUAUGACGAUAAGGAAGACACGGACACUGUUGAUGAAAAUGAUGCCAACAGUCUGAACAAAGCCCAGGCAGAAGAUUUGAAGGUGUGGCUGAAGUCUGUCCUGCUCAACAAAGUCAACAACAUAAAGGUGACCAAACGUCUGGAAAACCACCCGUGCAUCAUCACAGUGAUGGAGAUGGGCUCGGCCCGGCACUUCCUGCGCACCACGCUUGCCGACAAGAGCCAGGAUGAGAGGCUCCGACUGCUGCAGCCCACGCUGGAGCUCAACCCAAGCCAUCCUCUUGUGGUCAAGAUGAACACGUUGAAGGAUUCGGAUCCAGUGCUGGCCGGUCUCCUGGCUGAGCAG